UACAAACAAACGUACCAUAACGAACCAGGAAACUCCAACCAGAGCGGUGCGCCCAGCGCCCCAGCGGGGAUCAAACGGCGUCGUUUUGCACUGCAUUUAUUUAGCACGCAACGUUUAACGCGCGUGGAAAUUCUCCUCAUCGAUAAUCCUAUUUUCUUCUGUUUAUGUGACAGUGUGAGCGUAAAGAAAUAAAACGCUGCGUUGAAUCCUCCGUUUCUCAUCUUCUUUCUCCUCUUCUUUGUCUCUCGUUUAAGAAUCCCAUCGUUCUCUCUCUAAACCCCAACAGAAAACACACACAGAACUCCCUACAAGAAUCAAAUCCCUCAUCUCGCGCGUGCUCUUCACACGCUAUCCCCUUCCGAUUUCUCCCUUUAUUUAUUUAAAAUUAAAAAUCCAGCGAUUAUUUUCUCCACUCGAUCCCCAUUCCCACUUCAAAUCCUCUAAAGUUGAAGAGGAUCACACUGAAACCUCCAAAACGCAUCGCUUUACUCUAACAACAACCUUCUCUUCUCCAUUGAAGGUAUCGACCUAGAUAAGGCUUCUUGUUUUUCUUUUUUUUUUUUUCAAAAUUGGUUUUAUUUUAGUUCUUUUCGCUGCGGAGUGGUUUGUGCAUUUAUCGGACUAAAUGUGGAAUUAGGCGUUUGCAUUGUGGAUUUUUCAAAUGUGUAGAAGAGAGUUUCGAGUUUCCGGUGACUGCCCUUCUGGUUAAUCCACGAGGUUAUAUGGCUCUCCAGAAAUAUGUUCCCUCCAGUGAUUCUCCUUCUGUUAAAAUGAAGCCUUUGCAUUUUUCCACUAAGGUGCAAGAGAAUGUUCAAUUUGCAAAUCCAAAAAUGCGUGAUCCUGAGAAGCAUGAUGUAGAUGUCAACCUAUGGGAGGUUUACUUUUUGAUUAUGCAUUUCCUUUCAACCGGCCCCUGUAAAAGAACAUGUGGACAGUUUUGGAAUGAACUGCUUGAAAAUCAACUUCUACCCAGAAGGUAUCAUGCUUGGUAUUCAAGGAAAGGGGCACAUAGUGGACAUGAAAAUGAUGAUGGCAUGUCAUUCCCAUUAAGUUAUGCUCAGUUGGUGGAAAGGAAUCCUCACAUUGAAAAAGAUCACUUGAUAAAGCUUUUGAAGCAGUUGUUAUUAAAUGCAUCCUCCCCUUUGGAAGGCAUAAGUACGAGACACACUCCAAAUGCAGCUGAUGUCCCCACUCUUUUGGGAACAGGGCGCUUUUCUCUUUUGAGCCAUGAUAGCAAUAAAGGAAAAAGUGAAGUCAAACGUCCUCCUGUUCAUAUGCGGUGGCCUCAUAUGCAUGCAGAUCAGGUUCGUGGGCUGGGUUUAAGGGAAAUUGGGGGUGGUUUCGCAAGACAUCAUCGUGCACCAUCUAUUCGUGCAGCAUGUUAUGCCAUUGCAAAACCAUCAACUAUGGUGCAGAAGAUGCAAAAUAUCAAGAGGUUACGAGGGCAUCGAAAUGCUGUCUAUUGUGCAAUAUUUGAUCGAUCUGGGAGGUAUGUUAUUACUGGUUCUGAUGAUCGUCUUGUGAAAAUUUGGUCUAUGGAGACAGCGCAUUGCUUGGCCAGCUGCCGUGGACAUGAAGGUGACAUAACUGACCUGGCUGUCAGUUCCAAUAAUUUUAUGGUGGCAUCCUCCUCAAAUGACUGUAUUAUUCGUGUUUGGCACUUGCCAGAUGGACAGCCAAUUUCGGUUCUGCGUGGACAUACUGGAGCUGUUACUGCCAUUGCUUUUAGUCCUAGGCCAGGCUCUGUAUAUCAGCUUCUAUCGUCAUCUGAUGAUGGAACAUGUAGGAUAUGGGAUGCUAGGAAUGCUGAAAUCCGUCCACGGAUAUAUGUUCCGAGGCCUUCAGACUCUAUAGCAGGGAAGAACACUGGUUCAUCUUCAACUCCUGUUCAACAGAGCCAUCAAAUUUUUUGUUGUGCAUUCAAUGCUAAUGGAACUGUCUUUGUCACUGGUAGCUCAGACACUUUAGCUAGGGUGUGGAUUGCUUGUAAACCCAACACAGAUGAUUCAGACCAACCAAAUCAUGAGAUUGAUGUGUUAUCUGGACACGAGAAUGAUGUCAAUUAUGUGCAGUUCAGUGGUUGUUCUGUUUCAUCAAGAUUUUCUGUGGCAGACAGCUUGAAGGAAGAGAGUGUUCCAAAAUUUAGAAACUCCUGGUUUUCCCAAGACAACAUUGUUACCUGUUCCCGUGAUGGCAGUGCAAUUAUUUGGAUUCCAAGAUCUCGUAGAUCACAUGGUAAAGUGGGUCGCUGGUCUAAACAUUAUCAUCUCAAAGUUCCACCCCCACCAUUGCCUCCACAACCACCACGAGGGGGUCCACGCCAGAGAAUUCUUCCAACUCCUCGUGGUGUAAAUAUGAUAAUCUGGAGCCUAGAUAACCGCUUUGUCCUUGCUGCUAUCAUGGACUGUAGAAUAUGUGUAUGGAAUGCUGCUGAUGGUAGCUUAGUUCAUUCUUUGACUGGUCAUACUGAUUCUACAUAUGUCCUGGAUGUUCAUCCUUUCAACCCACGGAUAGCUAUGAGUGCUGGCUAUGAUGGAAGAACCAUUGUUUGGGAUAUAUGGGAAGGUACACCAAUUCGGAUAUAUGAAAUUGCUCGUUUCAAAUUAGUAGAUGGGAAGUUUUCAUCGGAUGGGACAUCCAUUAUACUUUCAGAUGAUGUUGGUCAAUUAUACAUACUAAAUACUGGCCAAGGGGAAUCUCAGAAGGAUGCCAAAUAUGAUCAGUUCUUUCUCGGUGAUUAUCGACCACUUAUUCACGACACUUCCGGGAAUUCAAUAGACCUGGAAACUCAGCUUAGUACAUAUAGACGGAAUAUGCAAGAUCUUCUUUGUGACUCAGGGAUGAUACCAUACACAGAACCCUAUCAGACCAUGUACCAGCAAAGACGAUUAGGUGCUUUGGGUUUUGAGUGGAAUCCUCAUGCUUUGAACCUUUCUGUGGGGCCAGAUUUCAGUCUAGACCAGGAUUACCAAAUCCCGCCGUUGGCAGACUUAGAUGCAAUUGCUGCUCCACUGCCAGCAUUCUUAGAUGCCAUGGAUUGGGAACCUGAAAAUGAAGUGCAAAGUGAUGAUAAUGAUUCAGAGUAUAAUUUCACAGAGGAGUACUCUACCGGAGGGGAGCAAGGAAGUUUAGGUUCUCUCUCUGGUGAUCCCGAGUGCAGUUCAGAAGAUAGUGAGAUUGAUGAUACUCACAAAGAUGCCCUUCGUCGAUCAAAAAGGAAAAAACCAAAGGCUGAAAUUGAGAUCAUGACAUCUUCUGGUAGGCGUGUUAAAAGAAGGAAUUUGGAUGAAUGCGAUGGCAUCUCAUUUGGUAAUGACCGGAUUAGGAAAUCAAAAAAUGGACGAAAAGCUUUAUGGAGAAAGCCUUCUACAUCAAAAUCAUCGAGACCUCGAAGAGCUGCUGCACGCAAUGCUUUGCACUUCUUUUCUAAAAUAACUGGAACAUCAACUGAUGCUGAAGAUGAAGAUGACUCUGAAGGUGAUUCAUCAGAGAGUGAAUCUAUGGUACGAGAUUCAUAUGUUGACAGUGAUGAAUCUGGUAGGGCUUUGCCAAAUGAACAAAUCAAACAUUCAAAAGGAAAAGAAGUCUUCUUUGGUGAGUCUGAGGAUGUUGCUAAUAUUAAUGCACUUACUGAAUCUCAUAAUUCUGGGAAUCGGAGAAGAUUGGUCCUUAAAUUGCCUGGCCGGGGUCUAAAUAAGCUUGUGCCACCAAAAAGCACAAUGGAAAGAAAAGUUGACAGACAGGAAAAUUCAGCAGGCUUGUCAUGCAAAGCUUCUGAAGAAGCCACUGAAGGAGGUGUAAAGCAUAUAAGCUCAUUGGACCUGGGGUGUUCUUCUGGUGAAGCAAACUAUAGCAUGAUCGGUAGAGGAAUAAGAGGGCAACCACACAAGAUUGAAGAUAAUUUAGACCUGACCGAAGGAUACAAGGAUGGGGCAAUGAAGUGGGGAGGAGUCAAGGCUCGUACUUCCAAACGUUUGAGAUUGGGUGAACCCUUAUUAUCAGAUGCAUAUACUGGGUCUACGCUAUAUCUUGACAACGUCAAAGAAAAUGAUGUCAAUGGAUAUGUUGAACCAGAAAAGGCUUGUGCUAUUGCAUCCCUGGCUACAGAUAUCCAAACUUGUAAAGUGGAUAUGAAUGGUGAAGUGAUAGUAAUUGAGAAGAAUCCAGGGAAUGACAGGGAAGUUUUGGAUGGUCUAGCUAAUGGUGAAGAAUACUCAGGUCCCAGUGAGCAUAUAAAUUAUCCCGAAUCAUCAAAAUGGAUUAACAGGUCUGCUGAGGAUGUACUUGCCCCAACUUUUAAUCAGAAUGGAACUGAUCAGCCUUCUGAGGUAAAAGAGGGCCAUAUGGCUAUUUCAACUAAGUUAAGGUUUUUCUCAGAAAGGACCACGAUUGACAAUGAAAGUCCUGGGCUGAAAAUGAAACCUUCAAGAGAAGGUCAUAUGCAUGGUCGGUAUGCUGCAUUAAAUAAUGAUAGCUCCACUGAGAGGUUAAAGGACUUGGUUUCAGAAGUACCCUUAGUUGAUGGAUCCAAUGAAAUUAGUUCAGAUAAUGAAGUUGAUGGGUUGCAAGAUUCAGAUGCUCAAGUUAAUAUAAUUCCCAUGUCGACUUCUCAUGACUCUGGGGGGUUAAAUCCAGACUCAAAAAAGAUGUAUAAUGUUGUUUAUAGAAGGUCAAAGACACAAAGAGAUAGGUCCAAGUCAGAGGGCAGUGGUGCCAUGGUAGAAAGCACUACAAAUGAUUGCAACCAUAAUAAGAGUAUGGUAGCAGACCUCCUUGAAGGCACAAUGAAUGGGCCUCAUAACAAACGGUCCGGUAGGUUGAAGGCAGGUCAUGCACUUCAGUCAGAAGACUUACAUAGAAGCACCCGGGAUGUUUCUACAAAUGGGUCUCAACUUCCUAGCGAGGAAUGGGUAUCAAGUUCAAGGAUGGCAGUUGGAUCAAGGUCUGCUAGAAAUAGGAGAAGUAAUUACUAUUUCCAUGACACUAGUCCAGUACGGAGACCCCAUCAAUCAGCCCGUAAAGGAUCGUGGUUGAUGUUGACAACACAUGAGGAGGGGUCCCGCUAUAUUCCCCAACUAGCUGAUGAAAUUGUAUAUUUGAGACAGGGGCAUCAAGAAUAUAUAGAUCAUAUUAGCUUGAGGGAAGCAGGACCUUGGACUUCACUGAAGGGGGGAAACAUGUUAAGGGCAGUGGAAUUUUGUAGAGUUGAAGGGCUAGACUAUUCCACAUCUCCAGGGUCUGGGGAAAGUUGCUGUAAACUGACUCUCAAAUUUACAGACCCUUCUUCCAGCAUGUUCGAUAGAUCAUUUAAAUUGACUCUGCCUGACUUGACUGGUUUCCCUGACUUCAUUGUAGAAAGAACUCGCUUUGAUGCUGCCAUCCAUAGAAAUUGGAGUUGCAGGGAUAAGUGCAGGGUCUGGUGGAAAGAUGAGAGUGGAGAUGAUGGAAGUUGGUGGGAUGGCCGGGUUGUGGCCGUGAAACCCAAAUCUUAUAAAUUUCCCGAUAGUCCAUGGGAAAGGUACUCUGUUCAGUACAGGAGUGAGCCCAAGGAACCGCAACUUCACAGUCCUUGGGAGCUCUUUGAAGCGGAUACUCAGUGGGAGCAGCCUCAUAUUGAUAGUAAGAUCAGAGACCAGCUACUUUCUGUCUUUGCCAAAUUGGAGAAAUCUUCCCACAAAGCUCAGGAUCAAUAUGCAGUCAAUAAAUUGAAGCAAGUUUCGCAGAAGUCUAAUUUUACAAACAGGUACCCCGUACCAUUAUCUCUUGAUAUCAUCCACUCUAGGUUGGAGAACAACUACUAUCGAUGUUUAGAAGCAGUAAAGCAUGAUAUUCAGGUCAUGCUGUCGAACGCAGAAUCUUACUUUGGGAGAAAUGCAGAGCUCUCAUCUAAACUGAGACGCCAAUCUGACUUGUUUAUGCCGACAUUGUCAUCUUCGCAGCCCUCAUAGAUACCCACAGUGAGACCAUCUUUGUAGAUAAUUAAAAGUUUUUGCCUCAUUUCAUUCUUUUUUUUCUUCACUGUUCCCUUAGAUCCAAUUUUGGUAAUUGAUUAAUACUUCAGAUUCUUUCUAGAGGAAAGGUCUCAAGGGAAAAUUAGCCAGUAAUGGUUGUGGAAAAUUAUCCACCAAAAAGGAUCAUUGUUGUAUAGACAUCAGACAGUCGCAUCAUUUAUAACGAGAAAAAAAAAAAUUGUCGACAUGUUAAUUUGUGAAGGUCUCCCUACCAAUCCCCAAAGAAAGGAAAACAGAAAAUCUUCAGGUAACUUUGUUUUAUUUGAAGCAUGCUUUGAUUUCGAUGCAUUUAUGAGUAACAGUUAUUUCAGUCCAAUUUUGAUCCAACAUGCUUUUCAUCUACAACAGCUCUUUUCCUUAAAACAUAGCUUAAAGACAAACAGAAGACUAGAAACACAAAGAAAAUAACGCUCACUCUCUCACAAACACAAAUAGAAAUGUAAACCUUCUUAUUCUGAUCUGUUAGACUUUUCAUCUCUUCUGAUCUCUCAGCCUUGUCGUUUGCGCAAUUCACGAAAAUAGCCUUUAGGAUCUUUUUCGAAGUCGGACCUGAAAAUCCGAUGUUUCCUUCCAGGAGCUUUCAUGGUUUUCCUGCAACAAGAUAGCAGAGCAGCUACAAAGCAUACAAGAAGUAGCCCUGCCACUACUAAACCUCCAGCCGCUGCCAUCCCAGAGGCUUGCAAGAGCUUUUCCGUCUGUCCAAAUGAGAUCCUUAAAACAAUUUUUUUAUUCUUUCGAGUAUCUAAUUUUGCUUUCCAUCGCACUCUAUUGCGUUUAUUGACUUUAAAUUUUUCUUAGUCUCUUAGGAUCCGAUUCCUGUGAAGAACUGAAGAGGUGGGUCCACUGCCAAAUGUAGACAC